AUGGCGGAUACGUCUCAUGGUCCUGCUAGCUUCUGGACUCAGGCAGAUGCUUUGCUCAGAAAGAACUUAACUUUCCAGAAACGAAAUAUCAAAGAGAAUAUUCGGCUAGUUUCAUUUCCAAUUCUCCUGUGUUUAUUGCUAGUUCUUGUCCAAACUUUGGUCAACCAUGAACUCGAUAAGCCUGAAAACAGGUGUGGUUGCAUCUGUAUUGAUACAGAUGGAGAUGGGAAGUGCGAGAAAGUUUGCGCCCUAAAAUACUCAACUUUAGACCAAGGAGCCAGUUGUCCCAUUCCUGAUCCUCCCCAGUGGCCUCCAUUGCUACAAGUCCCGGCUCCAAACCAUCGUGCAGUGAUAUCCAGUGUUAUUCCAUAUACAGACUUGCCAAAUGAGUCAUGUAAGAGGACAGGAUCCUGUCCUGUAACUAUGCUGUUCACUGGGAAAAAUCAAACUCUAGGAGAAGUUUUGGCUGGGAAUAUGUUCAGAAGUACUCUGAAUUCCUCUGAUACCCUGGAUAAUUUAGCCAGUAAUGUUUCAGGUUCAGAAUCAAUGCCUGAAUUAUCCAAUUUCCUUGAUCCUGCUUUCUAUUCAGAUCUUCCAAUAUAUAAUGUGCAGAGUCAAUGCUCACAAAACUCCAUAUUUUCUGUUCCCAUUAACAUAUCAUCCAUUCAGAUGCAACAAGAGGUUAGAUGUGUUCAGGGUUUGCAUUUGUGGCGCAACAGUUCUUCUGAGGUAAACAGUGAGCUGUAUAAAGGUUACAAGAAGGGGAAUUCAGAGAGGAAGAUUAAUGAAAUACUUGCAGCCUAUGAUUUCUCUAACUCAAAUGGGAAUAAUUUUAAUGUAAGCAUAUGGUACAAUUCAACCUUUAAGAAUGACACGGGCAGCGGUCCUAUUGCUUUGCUGCGGCUUCCGCGUUUAGUGAAUCUGGCAUCCAAUGCCUACCUUGAGUUUUUACAAGGAUCUGGUACAGAUAUGCUGUUUGAGUUUGUCAAAGAAAUGCCCAAACCUGAAAGCAAACUCAGGCUGGAUUUUUCUUCUCUUCUUGGUACACUAUUCUUUACAUGGGUCAUUUUACAGCUGUUCCCGGUUGUGUUGACGUCACUGGUAUACGAGAAACAACAAAAACUGAGAAUCAUGAUGAAAAUGCAUGGGCUUGGUGAUGGGCCAUAUUGGAUGAUUUCCUAUACUUAUUUUCUUACAGUAUCUUCAAUCUACAUGCUAUGUUUUGUUAUAUUUGGCUCACUUAUAGGGUUAAAAUUCUUCACGAUGAAUGAAUACAGCAUCCAAUUUUUUUUUUACUUCAUCUAUAUAAACUUGCAAAUAUCGCUGGCUUUUCUAGUUGCUGCUAUGUUUUCAGACGUGAAGACUUCUACAGUUAUUGGUUACAUAUUUGUCUUUGGAAGUGGGCUUUUGGGAGGCUUUCUUUUUCAAUUCUUUGUCCAAGAUACAUCAUUCCCAAGAGGUUGGAUCAUUGUUCUGGAGCUAUAUCCUGGCUUCUCUCUAUAUCGUGGGUUAUAUGAGUUUGCACAAUAUGCCUUUAAUGGCAAUUAUAUGGGAACCGAUGGGAUGCAGUGGGGAGAUUUAAGUGAUAGCAAUAAUGGGAUGAGAGAGGUCUUUAUUAUCAUGGUUGUCGAGUGGUUUUUGGUGCUUCUUUUUGCAUAUUACGUAGAUCAAGCUGUCUCAUCAGGAACUGGGAAAGGUACUUUCUUUUGCUUACAAAGAUUUAGGAAGAAGAAACUGUCAUCUUUUAGGAUGCGUAGUUUGCGAAGGCAGGGAUCUAAAGUUUCUAUUGAGAUGGAGAAACCUGAUGUUGGUCAGGAGAGGGAGAAGGUUGAAAAGUUGCUACUGGAUUCAGAUACAACUCAUGCAGUCAUCUGUGACAACCUCAAAAAAGUGUAUUCUGGAAGAGAUGGAAACCCUGAGAAAUUUGCAGUGAGAGGGUUGUCUCUUGCUUUGUCUCGGGGAGAGUGUUUUGGUAUGCUUGGCCCUAAUGGUGCUGGGAAGACCUCUUUUAUCAAUAUGAUGAUUGGUCUCACAAAGUCAACCUCUGGCACUGCUUAUGUUCAAGGUCUGGACAUUAAGACUCAGAUGGAUGAAAUAUAUACCAGCAUGGGUGUUUGUCCACAGCAUGACCUGCUAUGGGAAACCCUGACUGGAAGGGAGCAUUUACUAUUUUAUGGAAGACUUAAAAACCUCAAAGGUUCUGCAUUAAUACAAGCAGUGGAAGAAUCUUUGAAAAGUGUCAAUCUAUUUUAUGGUGGAGUUGCAGACAAACAAGCUGGAAAGUACAGUGGAGGUAUGAAGAGAAGGCUUAGCGUUGCCAUUUCACUUAUAGGGGAUCCCAAAGUUGUUUACAUGGAUGAGCCCAGUACUGGACUUGAUCCAGCUUCAAGAAACAACUUAUGGAAUGUUGUGAAGCGUGCAAAACAAGACCGGGCAAUCAUCUUAACUACACAUUCCAUGGAAGAGGCAGAGGUUCUCUGUGAUCGGUUAGGAGUUUUUGUGGAUGGUAGCUUGCAAUGCAUAGGAAACCCAAAAGAGCUGAAAGCUAGAUAUGGAGGAUCUUAUGUGUUUACAAUGACAACAUCUUCGAAUCAUGAGGAAGAGGUGGAGAACUUGGUGCGAAGACUCUCCCCAAAUGCUAACAAGAUAUACUAUCUUUCUGGGACCCAGAAGUUUGAGUUGCCAAAACAGGAGGUCAGAAUUGCAGACGUAUUUGAGGCAGUUGAUAAUGCAAAGCACAGGUUCACAGUUUUCGCAUGGGGUCUAGCUGACACCACCUUGGAGGAUGUCUUCAUCAAGGUCGCACUUGAGGCCCAAGCCUCCAAUGUACUGACAUGA